CAUAGAUAAUAUAUUUACUUUGAUGCUACUUGGGGCACUCAUUUACUUUGGCAUAUUAUUCGCUUUUCACGGUUUUUUAAUAGUUUCUAUGAUAACUCAACGUGGCGAUGUCUCUGUACUACGUUUAACUUUUAUCAUGACAGUGUUUAUUAAUAUGUUUGCACAUACAUGCCUCUAUUGCGCCGUGGGAGAAAUUUUGGUCGCGCAAUGCGAGGGAGUUUACGAGGCCGCAUGCGAACUCAAGUGGUACAUGAUGGAGCCGAAAAAAGCGAGAAAUUUACUAAUUAUAUUGAUUUGCACCAACAAACCGAUGUAUCUUACCGCGGGAAAGAUGUUUCCUAUGACAAUGGCUACACUUUGUAAUUUGUUAAAGACAUCGGGCGGUUAUAUAUCGGUCUUGCUGGCACAUCGCUAAUAAAAAGAAGAAAACUCCGACAAUGUCUGAUAUUAAGGCAUUGCAACAUAUAACAAGAAGCAUACAUAUGAUGGGCG